GAAGCAUUGCGAUAAACGACAUUCUUGGCCACGAAGGUUGAAUUGCCGGAUAAUAGAUUGCCCUUCAUUCAAAUUGCACAGUGAUAGUGUCUGGCACCUCCAACGCUCUGCGAACCGACACCACACAGAGCCCAGCCGCUUGCCUUGAAAAACGCUCAAAAUAGGCACUCAAGAGGCACAUUGUUGACCAGGGCGCUCGCUGCCUGAUCUGGCUUCUCCCCGCUCUCAAAAUUUCGAAUUCAGUAGCUUGCUUUUGCCAACCUAGAGGCUUUGAAAUAGAGGUGUGACCGUGAUCAGUGAGGCCUGUCCGUCGGCAACUUCGCGUCAACACCACCUUCGGCCUCCUUCAAUGUCUACCAUACCUCCAUCUGUUGCACCCGCAGCACCUGUCGCAAUGACUGAAUCCACGACUAUGAAGGUCGAAGACCAAGUUUCCAGCGCCCAGAAGGCGCCUGAAACCGCCAACGGGGAUGCUCCACCUGUCAACUGGGAGUCCGAAAUCCAGCUUGUAUCCUCAUUAGCAAAGCUCCAAGAGCUUGAACGGAAAAUUCACGAACUGCGCCACGUGGUACCUAGUAGGCUCUUAGAACCACUCGCCACCCUCUCAGAUCAAAAGGAGCCAUCAGGUGUCACAUAUGCAAACUCUCCGAUGCAUUUACGCAAUGGACUGGACCAAGCCGCGCGCACUCAGGUCGCCGAAAUCGAGAGCUUCAAGUCCACGUGGCAGGGGCCGGAGCUGAAGCCUGUCUGGGCACACGUUGAGUCACGCAUCAAGGACUCCAAUGGCCAGAUCUUGCAACCAACGGGAAUGUGGGAAAAAGACUACGACGUUCUCCUUGAGGAACUUCUCCAAGCUGAGAAGAGCAAAGAACAGGAACGUCUACGUGAGGAAGAAGAGGCAGAGAGGACCAAGGCACAGUCCUCAGAGGGUGGAUGGCAAGCAAUAGUUGAGAGCUUCAUCCAACGGGGUGUGCCUGGGGUUCGUGUAAUCAAGGGAGAAGGAGCGCCGUCGCUGGCGAUCGCGCUUUCAAAAGCUGGAAUCAUCUUCCAUAUCGGAGGUCUAAAGGAGAAUGAUGGUUCAGCGGUGGCUGAGUGGCAUGUUUCGAGCAGAGCGGCACCUGGUCGAGUCCCAACGAAGAUUGAGAACUCCAUCACAGAGUGUCUCAACUCACGGUCACGAAAGUGGGAUCUCGCUUUUCUGCUGGACAUGAUAUCUUCAUACGCAGAUCUCAAGCAGACUCCAUGUGUCAAGUGCCAAAAACUAACCAACAACUCCGCCCAACUACCAACAAUUCGCAGAGCCCAGUCCAAUCAGCCUUUAGAGCAGGAGCCACAAGUUUUUGCAUUCGAUGCGUUGCAUUCUAGCUGUGCUUGAAAGUUACAUUUCUUUUGAUCUUGAAGGUCCUUUAUCCAACAUCCAGUCUUUCCAGUCCAAAGCCUUUAUAAAGAAUGCAAACAAAACGACAAUUUCAGCACACCAAUCUCAAGCUCAGAAGCGUCCAUCACAUUCCACAACCCGGACAAGGGCUCCGAAUAGGAUACGGAAACCUGUCGACAUGCUCAAAGCUCCCCAACGCCGAAUCAUGCUCAUAAAGCUCGUAAUGAUAAUGGCAAUGAUCAUCUCCAUCCCGACAACACUCAAAAUCCCCAACCUCCUUCUGCUCACAACACUCUCCAGAUGUGGAAGACUCCGGAUACCAAUGCUCUCCCCCAUCCUGAUCCCAAAACCUAAUCGGUGUCGUCUGGAUAACCUUCUUCUUCCUCCAUUUCCCACACUCCACCUCGCAAUCCGCAUACUCCACCGCACUCCACGUCUUCUCAUCCGGAACCCGGUACUUGCGAGUACUGUAAUCAUACUUUUCUUGCUUCCCGCGCCAUGCCCAGGGGAACGGGGUGUCUUCUUCUUUGGGCUCGCUGUCCCAUCUUGCCCAAUUGGUGCUUGAGACCGUUCGUCCGGGGGUGGCUUUGUCCUUCCUUGCCGGUGGAUGUUUUCCGAUAGUUCCCACGUAGAUGUCCGGGCCUUUGCCGGUUAGGACGUCUGAGAAACGUUUGAGACGGGACCAACGGGUUGGAUUUCCCGGUCGUGGGUCUUUGGGCCAGAUCCAGCCUAUCUGAGGUUUGGGUUUAGCUGGUUUUGACCCGCCGGUAGAUUCCUUUUUAUUCUUGGUUUGGGGUUGAGACAUAGUCCUUCUGGUUCAAUUGAGAUGGACUUCUUGGAAGAACAGGCUGAUGGAUUUUGAUAUGCUGCUCUGGAAUGGACUGGAUGGACUGGGCUGCGUAGACGAUGGGAUCAGGCUUUGGCUUUGGGAGAUUAGGACCGAGAUAAAUGGAUUCUUGAUCAAUGAGACUCUCUGGUUGUUCAUUACAGUAGCGUAGCCUGUUUUAUUUGUCGGUGGGCAUCCCUGCUGCUC